AUGACGCGGCUCCGCAGGAAGGCUCUUGUGGCACUCUUCCUCUUCACGCUCUUCAUUUUCGGGGCCAUGAUGGGGCUCAGGACGCUGAAGCCCAGUGAUGGCUUCUCGGAUCUGGCCCCCGGCAUGGACUUCAUCGGGGAGAGGUCCGACAGGAGGCGGCCGGAGGGGAAAGACGCGGCGGCGGCGGCGGCGCUGGUGGUGUCGCCGGGCCAGUUCCACCCGGGCAGCAGUGACACUAAGGUGGUCUUCACCAAGUCGGACAGAGAAUACAGUAUUUUCUAUGACGUGCACAUCUUCUACUACCUGUGGUACGGCUCUCCAGGCAUGGACAACAAGUACAUCCACUGGGAUCACGUGCUGGUGCCCCAUUGGGACCCCAAGAUCGCAGCCAGUCAUGCCCAAGGAAGGCACACACCUCCGGAUGAUAUUGCAUCAAGUUUUUACCCCGAGCUGGGACCCUACAGCUCCAGGGACCCAAAGGUGCUGGAGUCCCACAUGGCCCAGAUAGAGGCGGCUGCAGCAGGGGUGCUGGUGUUGUCCUGGUAUCCCCCCGGGGUGGCGGACGACCACGGGGAGCCCACCGAGGACCUGGUUCCUGCCGUCAUGGACGCCGCCCACAGACACAGCAUCAAGGUGGCCUUUCACAUACAGCCAUACAAAGGGCGGACGGACCAGAGCAUGCAUGACAACAUCAAAUACAUUAUUGACAGGUAUGGAAAGCACGGCGCCUUCUACAGAUUCAGAUCCAGCACAGGGCGAGUCCUGCCCCUGUUUUACGUCUAUGACUCCUACCUGAUGCCGCCGGAGUCCUGGGCGGAGCUCCUGACCAUGAAAGGCUCCCACAGCAUCAGGGGCACACCUUACGACGGCGUCUUUGUCGCCCUCAUCGUGGAAGAGCGCCACAAACACGACAUCCUGGCUAGCGGCUUCGACGGCAUCUACACCUACUUUGCCUCCAACGGCUUCUCCUUUGGCUCGUCCCACCAGAACUGGAAAGCCAUCAAGGCGUUCUGCGACGCAAACAAUCUGCUGUUCAUCCCCAGUGUCGGCCCAGGGUACGUGGACACAGCUGUGCGGCCGUGGAACAACCAUAACACCAGGAACCGGGUUAACGGACGCUACUACGACACGUCCCUGCAGGCAGCCUUGUCCGUCAGACCAGAAAUCGUCACCAUCACGUCCUUCAACCAAUGGCACGAAGGCACGCAGAUAGAGAAGGCUGUACCCAAGAAAACAGUGACCCGUUUGUACCUGGACUACCAACCUAACCUACCGGACCACUACUUAGAGUUGACGCGCCAGUGGGCCGAGAACUUCAACAAGGAGAAGGACAAGUGGCUGAUGUGA